AUGCCUGACCAGUCCGCCCAGUUGAAUCCGCUUUCGGUCCGGUGUAGUCGUGGCAUGCCAACAUGCGAAAGAUGCAAAACCCACGAGACAGAGUGCGUCUAUCCCCAAAGAGUCAAGAGAAAGGUCACUCGGACCUUGACGGACCGUCUAUCCCUUGGCGAUUCCAGCACGACGGACGACGCCCUGUCAACCAUACUAGAAAGGUUACAGCGCGUCGAGAAGCACUGCACCACCCUCCCGAAUGGAAAUCAAGAUCCGCAAUCUCGAGACGCGCCCCCUGCUUCCGUGGCUGCUGAUCCGCCCGCUGCCGCCCCGCCGCCCCGACAACGUACUUCAAGCUCCAACAGCGCCCCAUCUAACCUGUCGUCUCCCGCUCCAUCGAGUGCUGCCGGUGGGCAGGCCACUUCGCCGUGGACAUCAUUCGCCACGCCGAGCGCGAUUCCUGAACUUGAUGUCGCGGCCAUUCUUAAGGAUGCCGUCGAUCAAGUGCAACGACUGAGAUUGCAGACUGUGUCUGCUGCCGUCGUCACUCAGGACGUCAGGGUCCCUCCUGAGUUGGCUAAGCAAUGGAUCAAGAACUAUUUCACGCACAUGCAUACGGACAUGUUCCUCAGUCUCGUGAACCCAAGACUCAUAGAGAUCAUCCCAGAUCUUCUUGGGUUACCGCAUGUCCACCUCGAUCCGGCUAUUUUGGUUGUGUACUACGGCGUUCUGUACCACGGCUGUGCUCUAGGCUCAACCGUACAGGCAAAUGAGGAAGGACAAAAGUACAUUCGAAUGCUCUACGUGUGCUGUCUUCGAACUCUACCACUUUGGCAACGCGAAGCAACAGGGUCUACGACCGACCUCAUCGCCGCUCUCACCAUGUGCCGCACGGCAGCUGAGUGCUUUGACGAAGAAUUGGCUUGGAAGAUGUACACCUACGCUUGCGAGUACGCGCAAGCACUCAACCUGCAUAACCUCGACGCCUACACCACGGCGAUAGGCCAGGACGAGAGUAAACUCGAUGCCGAUCGCAAGGGUUUCUGGGAGUUGAUCCAGAUUGACUUCUUCUUCAGGCUACUAUUCAAUCGCCCGCCGGCCAUCACGGACAGCAUGAAUACGUGGAGGGUCAACUUGCCAUGGCUAUCAUCUGGUAGCGCGCCGCCGGACCUCAAUGCUGUCCCGACGGUGACGUUUCUCAUGGGGUCAAGGCUUACAUUCAUUCUGUCGCAUUUUUUCCAGGACCUUGAGUCGCCAGAUUGCGACGAAGCCACCAUUCGACCGAAAGCUGAGGAGUACUGUAGAGAGAUUGGCCAGCUCUUCGAUGAGUAUCAAAUUGAAGACUGGAUUCAACGAAGUGUAGCGUCGGCCGCAAAAGCCGAUUGCUGGUUGCUGGGCGAUGUAGCCAUGACCGGGUACACCUACAUCAUCUUCAUCCUGCGCAAACUCGCCGUCCUCAACUCCAACUCUCCGCGACCCGUGUCCUGCGAUGCGGACAUUCCCGACUCCCCGCUAGCCGUCGAGGCCUCGCGGGGCAUGCUGAGAAUCGUGCGGGCUAUCCUGGUGCAUAACCCCUAUCCUGAAACCAUGUGUGUACUGCUGGGCAUCUACCGCGCCUACGUCUCGUACGCUUGCCUCUUGAACCAUAUCCUUCGGGCCGUUGAUGUGAGGAGUCACUACGACGAUAUUGAGCUACUGGAGGAGAUUGGGGACGUGAUGCUCAAGGGAUCUAGGGACGAUCGGGACUUUAUGCCGUUAUUGAGGGCUAUACAGAGUCUCGGCAUGGAGGUCAAGAGGAGGCUAAAUGACGUUGCGGCUACGGGGUCUGUGGCGACUGCUUUGACUCCGGUGAUGAGCAUAGGAGUAGGAGCUGAUUUUUGA